AUGGCGUGGGACUCCAAAGCAGCGCUUGCGUCCCGGCGCCGAACGAACAGCUCCGCCAACCGGACGUCGGCAUUGGCAACGCUGACCUUGCAGCAAAAGGCCGGCACAGCAGUUCCUGUCCAUCCAAAGUCCGCGCAUGUGGCAGAUCCUUUCCUACAAGACUUUCUCCAGCCCGGCUUCGACCCAGCUGCCUACUGGAACGCAACACUCGGAGGCAGUGGCGGCACCGGAGCCGGCGUCGCAUCCGGUGUGUCUCGGACACGCUCGCCGGCACCCACCUCCGCAUCCACCUCCGGCGCGGCAGGGCGCCUCGCCGCUGCGGCUAGUUCUGCCACCGCCACCGCCGACCGUGCCGCCCAGGCACAAGCAACACUCUCACAACUAGGCGCCCAUACAUCACGACUCACCACCGUGCUCACACAGUUAACUGACGACAUUCUGCGGAGCGGGCGGCGGCUGGCAUAUGAAGUGCAGCUGCUGCGGGGCGAGACGCUGGGACUGGGUGAGGUUGUGGAGAAGCACCUAGCACUUCUCGAGGAGAGCGAGAGUGGUAUUGCCGCGUCGGGUGACAAAGCAGACGCCGAGUCGGCAAAGACGGACGGUGGCGAAGGCACAGAAAGUGGAGCGGCCGCGGCCGCGGUAGCGGCGGCAGCAGCAGCAGCAGGUGAUUCGUCCGAAUCGUCUACUGAACCGCCGUCGCUUGCUCAGCUCCGUAUACUGGCACAAGUGCGGUCCCGCCUCGACGCCGUUAUCCGCACAUUUGGCGAAGCCAUGGAGUUUAUCAUGCCACCGUCGACGAUUUCUGUCUCCUCCGGGUUCCUGUCUGUGUCUGGGCCUGACCAGGAGAGCGGUGGUGCCGGUUCUGCACGUGCAGGUGGAUCUCAGGAUGCUGCGACAAUGACGAGCAUGGAAGACAAGGGCCAGAGCAUUCUGCGCGGUCUGCGCGACGAGGUCGCCCACCUGCUCGACGGUGCCAAUGUAACCGACGGAACCGAGGCCGCUGCUGCACGAGUCGAGGCACUUCGUACGCUGUGUCGCGUCUGGGCCGGCACAGCUGAAGAAAAGGCUCGUUUCAAGUUUAUCGAAAGUUUACAGCGGAUGGUGGAGGACAAGCAAAGGGAACUGGACCGCGAGCGGGAGAGUAGCCAAGGCAACGGCACUGGUGCCAGUGGCGGCGUUGCUUCUUCUGCGGGCCAGGGUGCCCAGCUCGACGGGUCGACUACCGGCAGUGGGGUGAGCCGAGGCUACGCGGCGGCCGGCUAUGGUUUCAUUAGCCAGCUGCAAAAGAUUCGGAGCGGUUUAUAA